GUGAGUUGCACGCAUCGGGUCGAAGCGCUGGACCGAAGUCCGGACGGAGUGCGCUUGCUUCAUGUGGAGGGAUGGUUGGUAUGAGGGGCGAAGAUGCGAUAGGUUUGAGCAAGAGGCGAGAACGUGAGGGUAUAGAAAGAUGGAGCAGUGGGUGGUGGGACAGAGUGGGGAAACCGGCAGCGCCUUUUAAACAAUUGCAGGAUGGCCAAAGCCGACCAAACGCGCUUUGGCUCUCAAGCCACACUGCGGGCCGGGCGCUUCACGAAUGAGUGGAGACGGCGCUGUGAGUGGGCUGGCCAAUGCUGAUGAUCUAUCCAAUUUACGAGACUGUGUUAUCAGCUGACGCUCGCCCAAAUCUAUCGAUGGAAGCGAUCAAUGGUCCGAGAGCGAGAAACAAUCGCCGGCCAGAGCUCAGAAAGCAGAUCGUCGAUAGUUCUGUAUGGCGUGAACGCAUUCGUUCCGGAUCGAUCAGGCGGUAGGGUGAAAUAUCGCUCUCAAGGAUUGGCUGACAAGAAGCAAGGACUGCAGAGCAGACAGAACGAGAUCUUGAUCCUCGAGGGCGAACAGGUCUAGUCUGGAUAACUUGGAGACUUGCCGGUCAUAAUAUGCUUGAUGCUCCGGGAGUGGGCUGUGUUAGAUGUGAUAGUGAGCAUUGCACAAGGCAUUUUGAAGGUCAAUUUCAUAGGUGCCAGCUUUGUGAUCGAAGGGCCAAAGGCCAAAGACCCUCGACGAAAAGUGAGUCACAACCAACGUACGAUUGAUCAAAAGGCCCUAACCCAGGGAGCACGACACAUGGGUUCUGGUUCCGCCGGUAGAUUCACUGUUGUGUUCCCCGCGCGACAAGUGCAGUCGGAAGUAUAGAGGGAAGGCAACGUGUGCUGGACCCAGGCUUCGGCCAAAAGCAGCAUUCACGCGAGAUAAAGCGUAGCCCGUAUAAAUCCGUGGAGAGUCGAAGAGUUGGAGGACGAGUCUACAUCUUGCAGGAGCGUGAAAGUUAGCUCGCAACAGCUUGACGGCCCCUCGACAGCUUUCGUGGCGAGAGUGACCAGGGGUGACCGUGUCACUUUGUCCCGCCUUUGAUUCCACUCCAUCAUCUGCAUGGAUUCUACAGCUUCCGCACCGCGUACCGAGAUCCCAACCAGGACGCUCGCGUGUUCUCACAGUCGAAAGGCUAUCCUGUUGACGACGAGGCGGGAUGUCUACUCCGCCCAGCUGUAUGCAUAACCGAGGUCAACGACGGCAAAAGACAUAUAAAAAGGCAGCGCCAAUGCUUAAAUCCCAUCGAACAUGCAAUCGCUAUUCGCCUUCGUGUGCCUCACCCUGGUGUCUGGCGUCCUCGCCUCCAUCUCAGCCCUUCCCGCCGCGGACGUGGUCGUGCCUGUGACUGGGCAUGUCCCUCGCCGCGCUUCGAAGCGGUUUGCGUCUCCGACAGGGCGCAAGCAGACGCCUCAAUCUGCCCUCCGACUUGACGGCGCCGCAUUCGACAAGGAAUACCUCGUGAACAUCACCGUCGGCGGAAAGCCGUUCCAGGUCAUCCUCGACACCGGAAGCUCAGACACCUGGGUCGCCCACACCAACUUCAGCUGCUUCAAUCUCACGUGCGCAUCGAUCCCUGCGAGUGCGUGCGACUUCGGUCCGGCAACCUUCGACCCUAGCGCAUCCCCCACGUUCACGGUGUUCCCGAACGCGACGUUUUUCGUGCGCUACGGCUCCGGGGAAUCGCUGCGCGGGCCCGCUGGAUUCGACACGGUCUCGGUCGGCGGUGUGCGUGUGCACCAGCAGGAGAUCGGCGUGCCCAAUCACAAUGCGUUCCUGGGCGAUGGCUUCUCGGAGGGCGUGCUGGGGCUGGCGUUCCCGUCCUUGACCAGCGUGUACAACAACACAAGCGAUGGGCUGGUCCAGAUGCGGUACAGUCCGUUCUUCCAGACUGCGUUCCAGCGGGGGAACGUCAAGAAGCCUUACUUUUCGAACUCGCUGAACCGGCCGACUCUUGCCCAGGCCACCAACGAUCCUGUUGAUGCCAAUCUUGGGGUGCUUGCUUUCGGGGGGAUCGUCCCUGUCCCUGUCACUGGCGUUGAGACGACCGUGCCAGUCACCCAAUGGCUGUUCAACGCGGCGGGGUCGCUCGUGCCAACGGCCAACUCGAGUGCCGGCGAAUACGCGUGGUACUCCCUCAACGUCACUGGCUACGAUUUCCCAGGCAGCAUGUCUAUCCCCACCAGCAGCAACAACACGUUCGUCGACUCUGGCACAACCGUGAACUACGUCGCGACUCCCGUGGCAGCCGCCUACAACGCGCUGUUUGUUCCCCCUGGUGCAUUCGAUCAGGAGCUGCAGUCCUUUGUGGUUCCGUGCAACGCCACUGCUGCGGUACUGAACGUCGUUAUCAACGGAAAGCGGUUCGAGAUCGAUCCCCGGGACCAGGUAGUUCCGCUCCAGAAGGGCAGUGAUGGCAAGGAAAUAUGCAUCUCCGGGACGCAGGACGGCGGGCCUGAUGUUGCUGGAAACACGUUCGUGCUCGGCGAUGUGUUCUUGCACAACGUGGUGACCACUUACAACCCCAUUGACGCGGAGAUCACCUUCACUCAGCGCCAGCCGUACUGAGACGUGGCCCAUGGCUAUACAAAUCCGAGGGAAUUGAAAGGGUGCAUUGCUCAUUUUGUCGCGAUCUUAUUCCUUCUUGAACGGCACGUCCUGUCCUGAUGUUGAUGUUGUUCCAAUUCUACGCUGCUUACUGCUUAUUACCCACGAGAUAUCAAGAUCUCACUAUUGAACGUGUGAGUGCGGUCCAGGUCGGCCAUGGGACUCGCUGCCCAACUGGCGGAGUCCCCCUUCAUCGUAUCGAGCCUGCCAGAAACGAAUUGGCGCCGCGCUACUGAUCGUCGUGGAUGGUUUAAAGGAGAGUAUCAAAUGGAAGGUCGGUGAACAGCAAGCUGCCAGACCGCAUGGGCAGAGUUUUUAGUCGUCGUCUUCGUCAACCUCGCAGUUUCCCGGAAAAUUCAAGUUGCCCAGGUUGAGAGGAUGAAUUUCGAGAGAUCAGCAGAACGAGUCCAUUUCUGUUCGUAUAGAGAACAAAUGUGAAGUACAAGAUUAUAAGAAGAAGAAAGAAAGCGAGGCAUUUGGAGAUCCGAUGCAAGACAUAGAACGAAAUUCAAACUGCGGUGACUGGCUGAAGUUUCAGCGCUUCCUCGCUCGGUCUGCUGGGGAGCGAAUAACGGUGUCUCUGACGAUGGAGGAAGCGUGUCGGCCAGAGCGAGAUGAACAUCGACGUGGUCAUGGCGAGCGGCAGCGCUUCGAAGAGGUAGAAGUACAGCUCUUUAUUGGCAACGGUGCCGUUGUAUCUGCACGAAUUCAACCACGCGGUAGACCGUGCGCACCAGAAGUCCGCCGCAGACAAUGAAGAUCAUGUAGACCAGCAGGCGCCAGGUGUCGAUCGGCCCAGCAGACAUUAUCUUCCAAGGCGCCCCCUUGGUGGGUUUCCACAGAUGAGGGUAGUCGUUGGACCUGGCGUCGUGAAUCAGAGAGUGAGUCAGGGACAUGCAAAGCGGCCAUACAUUCGGAUAGUGAAAGAAGUCAGAAGGUAGAUGAAGAGCAGCAGUGUGGCCGCCUGGAGAAUGAAUCCGGUCAAGACAAUCUACGAGAUCGAGUUACAACUGAAAUCCUCUUGUGGCUGGAGGACUCAAAUACCUUGGAGCCCGCUGCGGCGAGAGAAUCAUGUUGGGAGACAGUCAAAGCUCCGCCGCCACCCUCCAGCAGGAAACUGACGAGAUUGCUCCCGACAAAGAACGUCAUAAUGCCUGAGGGGCUGACGAAAAGACACCGUGAGACGACAUCGGGCUUGAACGUAUUGCCCAGAUGAGCGAGAAGAAAGUAGCAUGUGGCGAUAAAGAAGCUGGGCUGCAGGCUGUCAAUGCUGGUUUCGCAAUGAGUGCGAGAAACUAGGCACCGAAAGAAGAAUCAACUGCAAACGAUGUUAGCAAAGAUUGGAUCCGUUCUGCCUAGCGAGAGUGGAGAUGACGCACCAGAUCCCAGGCGAUGUACUUCCACAGAUAGAAAGGCGGGGCCCCGUCCAUGGCCCGGAGGAGGAAACCAGUGGUGAGCGCUUGACCGUCGUCAGCAAAGGCGGCUGGACUCGAUCGCGGGUCCGUAGCAUACCGGUCAUUCCGACAACGUAAGUAAGCAGAGAGAGCUUGAUUGGUCGGACCCAGAUGAAGUGGAUCAGAGACACGACUACCGAUUGCGCGAACGCGAUGAUUCCCAUGGUGGCAAAGUGUCGCUAGAGAUGCCUGCUCACACACAAUUCACAGUUUAGACGCGCCUUAUUAAUGAGUAGAUGAAUUCACUCACGCAUGGACGGAGGAGGGAUCGGCCGUGCCCCGCUCGGCAAUUUCUGCUGCGAAGACUGAUGCGAAAGAGACAAUUAAAGUCAAGAAAAAAGCAAGUCGAGACAUGGGGAGACCAGUCAGAAGUUUGGAGUGGUUGAGUAUAUUGUUACGCCUCCGUCUGUUCACCUUUAUACAUACCACCGUUCCAUACAGCCACGAGGUAGUUUUCGACGGGACAGACCAGGUUCCGAAGACAUCCCG